AUGACUCAGGAUCGCCUUACAGCGUUGUCGAUGCUGUCCAUUGAAAAGGAAUUUAUUUCGACCAUGGAUAAUUUCAACGAGAAGGCAGUGAAUAAUGGUGAUUUUCAGGUUAGCAGCGAAAACAGUCCUAAAUGUACUCCAUUGAUCUGUACUUCUCAACCUAGUUAUUUUACUCCUAAGGACCUUGAAGAUCAAAAUCGAGAUCACACUAAAGUUGACUUCUCAGUGACCUUGAAGUUCAAAGUCGUGAUCACGCUUAAGGACACGGCUAACCUCGCUUGUAAACAUAAACAUUUUCCGUUCUUUUCGUCCAAGGGGUCAAAGAGAUACGAUUCCUUAUAA